AUGCCCUCCCUCCCCGAUGGACCUUUUGUGCUGUUCACGGAGAUAGAAAGACCGGCCCGAGGCAUCUCGGUGGCCUUUCCUGCCAGACAGGCAGUGUGGCACAUGGGGCCAGAUCUCAAUGCCAGACCAGGAAUUGGAGGUGUUCGAUCUCGUGUUGGGACCCAGCAGAGCCUUCUCAGCCAGCCAGCACGCACAGCCACCUUCCAGCAGAGGUUUGAUGCCCGGCAGAAGAUCGGCCUCUCAGACGCCCGGCUCAAGCUGGGGGUCAAGGAUGCCCGGGAAAAGCUUCUGCAGAAAGAUGCUCGGUUCCGGAUCAAAGGGAAAGUGCAGGAUGCCAGAGAGAUGCUGAACUCCCGCAAGCAGCAGAGCGCGGUGCCCCAGAAGCCCCGCCAGGUGGCCGAUGCCCGGGAGAAGAUCAGCUUGAAGCGGAACUCCCCAGCCGCCUUCAUGAGCCCACCCAUUGGGACAGUGACCCCUGCCCUGAAGCUCACCAAAACCAUCCAGGUUCCACAGCAGAAGGCCAUGGCACCCCUUCACACCCAUCCUGCUGGAAUGAGGAUCAAUGUUGUCAAUAACCACCCGGCCAAGCAGAACGUAUACGACCUGGAGGACGAUGAUGACGCUGUAGCUCCCAUUCCCAGUAAACAGAUGAAAUUUGCAGCCUCAAGCAGCUUUCUCCACCACGUGGCCGGGCUGAGCAGUUCCAAGUUCUCCGUGUCCAAGGCCCUCCCUCUCACCAAAGUGGUUCAGAAUGAUGCAUACACAGCUCCUGCCCUCCCCUCCUCUGUUCGAACAAAAGCCUUGACCAACAUGUCUCGGACGCUAGUGAACAAGGAGGAGCCUCCCAAAGAGCUGCCGCCUGCUGAGCCUGUCCUCAGCCCCUUGGAAGGCACCAAGAUGACAGUGAACAAUCUGCACCCUCGAGUCACUGAGGAGGACAUCGUGGAGCUUUUCUGUGUGUGUGGAGCCCUCAAAAGGGCUCGGCUGGUCCAUCCUGGGGUAGCAGAGGUGGUCUUCGUGAAGAAGGAUGAUGCCAUUACGGCAUAUAAGAAGUAUAACAACAGGUGUUUGGAUGGACAACCAAUGAAGUGCAACCUUCACAUGAAUGGGAACGUUAUCACCUCAGACCAGCCCAUUCUGCUACGGCUGAGUGACAGCCCCUCAGUGAAAAAGGAGAGUGAGUUGCCUCGCAGGGUGAAUUCUACUGCCUCCUCCAACCCUCCUGCCGAAGUGGACCCUGACACCAUCCUGAAAGCGCUCUUCAAGUCCUCAGGGGCCUCUGUGACUACACAGCCCACAGAAUUCAAAAUCAAACUCUGA